CCAAUACAAAAGAUAGUAUCAGACAUAUAUUUUUAGCUGUAAUAAUUAUUGCAUUACGCAAGUUAUAUGCGGAACUGAUAAAUAACUAUGAAUUCAUAAGUUCUGAUUUUCACAAGUGUAUUUAUAAUAAUAUGACGAACUUUCACCGUGUGUGUGUGUAAUAAAGGCUGAUCAUACAGCACAGUUCUUUGUGCUAAAUAACCUGUAUUCAAUGUAAAUUCAUAAUUCAAUCAGUGAUUGACGUACUUCAAGAUAGGAUUAUGUCUCGAUAUACAAAAGGAAUAUAGUGCCAUCUGAUUCUGGAUACACUGAACUUGUUAUGCGUUGUUGUAAUUAAACAAGAGGAAUUUGUUUUUUCGCAUAAACAUCUUUUCAGGACUUAAAUAUAUGUUUUGAAAUAAUCAAACAGGCGUACAUUUCUGUGUGCUCUUCGAAUCAUCAUCUUAAACUAUAAAUAAAAACAUGUAAUUAAGAACUCACUUUAUCUUUGCAGAUAAUUUGAAUUACAUGCCAACUGUGUGAAGCUAAAAUAUUGGAGAAAAAGUACACAGAGUUAUUAUAAAACAUACAUUUAUGUAAAUGCCACGGAUAAUUGUAAUGAUUUUUGUCUGAAGAAAACUGAACGGCUUUUAACCGUUGUUUUCUAAUGUUGGGAAGUUAGAUGAAAAUAAAAGCACGUCACGUUUAUAGCUGACGGUAUACAACAUUAAAUGGUUUAAUUACACUGUAUCUAUGGAUUUAGUCUUUCCAUAUUUUUCCAUAUAUGUAUGUGUCGAAAACAGAAGCAUGUGAAUUGCGCAUGAACCUAUUUAUCAAAACAGCUGACAUGAAUUUAUAUUCCAUGAAUGGGUAUUAUUUUGUUGCGAGAUGUUCUUUAAUCAAACGUAUUUAAAUGUUUUCAAUUCUACCACAUACUUUGGAGAAGAUGUGAUUCGCAACAUUUCAACAACUAAAUCUACAUCCGAAUUUUUAUCAUGGCCACCCAAAAACCGGAAUAUAGUACAUGGCAUUAUUUUGUUAACAAUAAGUGUUGUUGGAUGUACGUUUAAUUCAUUUAUGAUCAUUUCUAUUGCUCCAAAUCAGCGCUUACGUUCUGUACGAAAUAUAUUGUUGCUGCAUCUUGCUGGAGUUGGAUUAUUAAUCUCAAUGGUCCCAACAUUAUUUAUAGGAGUUAUUAGUUUAUAUGGAAAUUGGAUAGGAGGAGAGGUCACAUGUAAAAUGCUGGGAUUUUUUAUAACAACCUUCACUUCCGUUAGUAUCUGGACAAUUGCUGCGUUAAGCUGGGAUAAAUAUCAAACGAUAGCUUCCCCACUUCAUCAUUCACUAUCAGCUACUAUACGUAAAAUGACGUUUUUGUUUUCUCUUUUCUGGAUUUUUGCUAUACUAUUGUCUGUCCCUCCCGUGUUUUUUAACAAUAGACAUACUAUUCAUCAUAGUAUCGACUCCUGUUACGGCGACUACUUAAAGUCUAUUGGAAGUUGGUACGUGACGACAGUAUUCUGUGGAAUAUACUUUCUGCCCUUUUUAGUUUUGUUAUAUUCUUAUACACAUAUAUUUAUAAUAGCUAGAACACAAAGCAGCCGCAUAGCAGCAACUAUGAUUAGAAUGACGUGUGUCGUUCAAGCACCUAUUGCAUUUGCGGGUCAGUCAAAUAAUGGUAUUUCACCCAGUAUAAAAGGGACAAAAGCAAUGAUGACGAUACUUCAGUUAGUGGGAACAUUUACAUUUACUUACUUUCCGUAUGCUAUUGUUAUAGUAAUUCGUUCCUAUUGCACUUACACUUGUAUAAAUUCUGUGUUAUCUUUGGUUGUGAUUACAUUGAAUCAAGCAGCUCCAGUGACGAACGGGGCUGUUUACGGUCUUAGAAAUAAGAUUUUGCGUAAUUCAUUUUCUAGGUAUAUACGACGAGAAUUUCGCCAUAUGUGCUAUAAAGACAAACGGAGGGGCAGUAUAAGAUCUCGAACAUCAUCAUUUCGGAUGUCUUUUAGAAAGACUAUUCAAAAUGGUAGCCAUGAAUCUUUUCGCCGUACUCAAUCUUUGAAGGUUACACGCCUAAGUCCAAGCAGACCAUCAAUGCUGAAUCUAGUUCAAAAACAAUCCUUGCGUAAAACUCAAUCAUUUUCAUUUGCUAAUGGUCACACAUUGUCCUGUCAUGAGGAGAACAUGUUAAAUGUACCCGAAGAGAAUUGCGAAGAAUCAGACGCAAGUGACCAUAUAAUAUCGAUACCAGAAACAAAAGAACCAAAUAGACACGAUACAAUACUAGAUAAAGAAGAAGAAGCAAAUAAAUUUGGCUAAUCACUGGUCUUACUUAGAGAUGUUCUUAAAUCAGUAUGUGUUCGACAGAGAAAUGUAUAUGCAGUUCAUGUACUGUUAUGUGGUAAGGAGUUCUGUUCAUUCCAAAUGUUCAUAUCGAUAAGAAA